UUGUAAAUAGGAACCUUGUCCAUUGAACCGCGACUAUUGCCGUCAAUGCUGUCGUGGAAUCAAGUGUUUUUGCUAUGUUUUAGCUCUGUAAGUAUUUACUUGAUUGAAUAAUUUUGUGUUGCACAGUCUACUGAAGUGUUAUUUUAUUUUUAUUGUUACUGAUAUAAACUGAUAAGAACAAAUACUACUCCCAACAAAGUCCUAGCACUUACUGAAGUGAGGUUUCAUUGUACAGGUUAUCUUAUCUGAAAGAUUAUGUGCACAAGUGUUCCAUACAAUGGAGAUUUUCAGCAGUGUAACGGUCAACACAUAUCAUAUCAACAUUCAGUGGGUUAUGAGGUGCUUAAGCCAAUUUGUUUGGCAAAUAGUAUUCUAAUGGAUCGCUCAGAACUUACAUUAAGUUUUCACAAUCUUAUAAAGAGAGAUGAAGAACAAUACAGUUACACAAACUACGCCAUGGAGACCCCAACUCCCGGCUCAGACUGUCUGCCGGACAUGUUCUCUCGGCUGGACUCACUGACAGCCAUCGACUCCGACUUCGACGAGAGUCUGGCCGUGCCGGAGUCCUUGUCUGUCAUUGAAGAUAAAUCUGAAAAUAAAGAGGAAACUGAUGCCACAGAUACAAAAAAUCCGCUAACAUCAGUGCCAUUCAAAAGUAUUCACAGCCCUACACUGAAGUUCAAGUCAGUGCAAAGGAAAGUCUUCAUUCCGGGUGUUGAAAUAAAAGUCAAAUUCCUAGAAAAUGAAAGAAGCGUCACGACACACCUCCUCAAUCCCAAUUUAUACACAAUCCAACUAGAGCACGGCGAGUUCACAUGGACCAUCAAGCGACGGUACAAGCACAUACUAUAUCUACACCAGCAGCUCAGCCUAUACCGGACUUCCCUCAACAUUCCCUUCCCCACAAAGACGCAUAAGAGCAGAAGAGCCAGUUUCAAGAACACACUUCACACGGAGGAAAAGGCAGAGAAGAUGGCGAUGGAGGCGACCGUACCUUCUAGGAGCAAUUCGAAACGAAAAGACGCGAGGCCUAAGAAAAGGAAGGGCGCUUUGCCGAGGUUUCCUAAAAAGCCCGAAGUGAUGAUAACUUAUGACGGCAUCCAGCUCAGAAUGAAGCAACUCGAAGAGUAUCUCUAUAAUCUGCUUAACAUAUCUAUUUAUAGGAAUCAUAAUGAAACUGUGAAGUUUCUAGAAGUUUCUCAGCUGUCGUUCAUCGCGGAGCUGGGUCCGAAGGGCAAGGAGGGGCUGAUCCUGAAGCGCACGGGCUCCACGCAGCCCGGCCAGGCCGGCUGCAACCUGUGCGGCCUGCUGGGGAACAUGAUCUGUGUCAGAUGCAACUACUUCUGCACGGUGCUAGUAUGUGCGAAGUGGCAGGAGCGGUGGAUGUUUGUGAAGGACACCUACUUCGGCUACAUUCGGCCCAGCGACGGGGUGGUGAAAGGAAUCAUGCUGUUUGAUCAGGGUUUUGAAGUAUCGAGUGGCAUGUACUCGACGGGAAUGAACCACGGCCUGCAAAUACUGAACCAGAGCCGGCAGAUGGUGAUCAAGUGUUGGACCAGGAGGAAGAGCAAAGAGUGGAUGCAUCACCUCAAAACUGUUGCUAACCAGACUGCCCGAGACUUCACGUACCCAAACGUGCACCACUCCUUCGCCCCCCCGCGCCCCGCCACCCCCGCCGGGACCUUCGUAGACGGCUCCUCAUACCUUUCCCAUAUAGCGGACGCCAUGGAACUAGCACAGGAAGAGAUCUUCAUAGCGGACUGGUGGUUGAGCCCCGAGAUCUAUAUGAAGCGGCCGAGUCAGAACCCGAAUUAUUGGCGAUUGGAUAUCAUUUUGAAGAGGAAGGCUGCACAAGGCGUUAAAAUAUUCAUAAUGCUGUACAAAGAGGUCGAGAUGGCGCUUGGUAUCAACAGUUUCUACAGCAAAAGCAUAUUAGCUGGCGAAAACAUUAAGGUUUUCCGUCAUCCAGACCACGCGAAGGCGGGGGUGCUAUUCUGGGCGCACCACGAGAAGAUCGUGUGCGUGGACCAGUGCGUCGCGUUUGUCGGCGGAAUCGACCUCUGCUAUGGACGCUGGGAUGAUUACAAGCAUCGGUUGACAGACCUAGGUAACGUCACCGAGCCGCAAACAUCAAUAAAAUCCAAGAAGAAGACGUCGAGCUCCCCCGGCGGCGGACUGUACCUGUCCGGCGGCGGCGACGGCGCGCUGGCUCUAGCACGGAGCUCCAGAGAUAUCGUGCUGGGGUUCCAGAACGACUCUGAAGAGCAAGCAGAAGAAGAGUCGACGUCAGAAGAAACAAAAGAAGAAGAAGACAUUCCACAACAGAACCUGCCAGUACUACAACCGGGUGACAACCUCCUUAUAACCGAACCUCCUUCGCACCAGAAACUUGAAAACGGAGAUUCAUUAGACGCUUCCAAUUUUGAAAAUCCUGACGCUCAGAAACGCAAUGUUUUGAACAAAAUCACUGAUCGCGGCAAAGACAUCAUAAGCAUUCUUUACCCACCAUUUGAAGAAGAGAGAAACGAGCAAAAGUUUGACGAUUCCGAACGGAAAAAGGCAGAGAAGUACGCCAAAUCGACGGACCAAAUCUUGCGUGUUGAUUCGUUUCAAAUACCGCGCAGUUCUAAAGUUAGUCAGCCGACGCCAUUGGCUCAGGUCAUUGAAGGGAGGGUCGUUACAGCAGAAACUAAAUCUGCAGAGGAACCGCUGGAGGGAAAUUCUAAACUCUGGAUCGGAAAGGAUUACACGAAUUUUAUCGUUAAGGACUUUAAUAAUUUAGAUCUGCCUUUUGUUGACCUAGUGGACAGGCACACAACGCCGAGAAUGCCUUGGCACGACAUCGGCGUGAUAGUGCAAGGGGCUGCCGCAAGGGAUGUGGCCAGACAUUUUAUACAACGCUGGAAUGCUAUCAAAUUGGAAAAGUAUAGGCAAAAUGCAAACUACCCAUACCUACUCCCGAAAACAUACAACGACAUCAAACCUUUAAAAGAUCUGGAACAUUACCUCAAUGUUAACAUACAAAGUGCAUCAUGUCAGGUCCUCCGCAGUGUAUCAAGCUGGUCGUGCGGCUUCCUAGACCCGGACACGGUGGAACAGAGCAUCCACGAGGCAUACGUCGACACGAUCACUCGAGCCCAACACUACGUGUAUAUAGAGAACCAGUUCUUCAUCACUCUGUCCCGCUCUAGCGUGCAUGUGAGGAAUCAGAUAGGCGAAGCCCUCUACAACCGCAUAAUGCGUGCACACCGCGCUUCCGAGCCGUUCCGAGUGUUCGUAGUGAUGCCGCUACUGCCGGGCUUCGAGGGCGAGGUGGGCGCGCCCUCCGGCUCCUCGCUGCACGCCGUCACGCACUGGAACUACCAGAGCAUAUGCAGGAGCCGAGAAGCCAUCCUAACCCGUCUCUACGAAGCAGGCGUAACUGACCCGUCCAAAUACAUAUCAUUCCACGGCCUCCGCACCCACUCGGUGCUAGACGGCGAACCAAUCACGGAGCUUAUCUACGUGCAUUCGAAACUACUUAUAGCCGAUGACAAGACGAUCAUAUGCGGCAGCGCCAAUAUAAAUGACCGGUCUAUGAUUGGAAAACGGGAUUCGGAGAUUGCUGUGCUGAUUCAGGACGAGCUCUUCGACGACGGUACGAUGAACGGCCAAACUUACCCCUGCGGUCGUAUCGCCGGCGGCCUGCGCAAGCGCCUGUUCCGGGAACACCUGGGCCUGAUGGAGGCUGACCCGGCGAGACUCGGCAUAAACAUCGACGACCCUUGCUCUGAACAGUUCUUUAGGAACGUCUGGCAGUGGACGUCGAAGGCCAAUACUGAUGUCUAUGAGGAGGUUUUCCAUUGUAUACCUAAUGAUCAGGUGCACAGUUUCGCUGAACUAAAGAAAUAUCAAGAGGAGAACUCACAAUCAUUAUGGCAUACGGACCGGGCGUUGGCGAACAGGAAAAUCGACCUUAUUUGCGGCUAUUUGGUUGACUUGCCGCUCAAUUUCCUCUGCAACGAAACACUGACACCCAAGAAUACAUCGAUGGAGGGUAUGAUGCCGACAUCUUUGUGGACGUAAAAGCAACUCUAAGACUAUGAGAUAAAGUAGACUCUUGGUUGUAGUAGGUAAGUUUCAUUGUAGGCCUGAGGGCCUUCUACGGUUUUACGAAGCUGAGAUUUUGGUUCAACUGGUUUGGCUACGGGAAACACGACUCUAUACCGUAAUAGAUGUAAAGUAAUAUGUAUUGAAAUAAUUCGUAAACUCUGAGUAUCCCCCCGAAGCACAGCCAUAUUCAUAUUUGAAAUUAUGUAGUCAUAAGUUUUAUUGUAAUUUAUUCGUUUUACAUUUAACUCUGUGUUUUGUGUAUUGUCCCUCAAGUACCUGUUGUAAAAUUUACGUCAUAAUUAUGUAUGUAUACGCAGCUAAGUAAUUUAAUCAAUAAUAAUUAUAUAGUAAAGUUGACUAUUACUUUGAUGACCUUUAUUUUUUUACUACGACCGAAAAGUGUGUGACUGAUUUGAAUGCGUUUUACUUAGUUUACACGAUUCAUACUUGAUAAGUGUUAUUUUAUUACAUGAUGAGAUCUUUCAAAUACAUUUAUUAAUCUUAUUUAGUAAGUAGGUAAUAUGUAAUAUAUUUAGAUGGUUCAUAAUCGCUGGCUGAUAUUGUAGAUUCAUGUGAGAAAUAUUAUAAUUGUACAUGUGUACACGAACAACUUUUGAUAUUAAUAAUUAUUUUAUAAUCAUUUUUAAUUAAUAAGUUAAGUGCCAAUUUCUCCAU